CGCAUAAGCUGAUUGUUUUGCUUGAUUACGCGAGCCCCGGACUGGAAAAAUGCCGAUAAUCAUAGCCAUCACGAAAGGCAUUCAACAUACGUGACGUUGUUUGUCUACCCUUGACUCCACGCCAUAAAUGAAAAUUUCGAGAGUUGCAUUUGUGAGUUGUCGAAAUGUUGAUAACAGUAACAGAGGUGUAGGGGAUUAUUUUGUGUUUAACAUGGAUUUUUCUGAUUCUAUUCGACCUCGACGACCACUGCACAGUCGCGCUUGGCAAUUGAACGCAUUGGAAAAUUUAACGUUAGUUCCGAAACAAAUGUCAGCGGUUCAACCGGAAUCUGGUAGUGUGGAACUGUUCCACAAGUCACAUCCGUCACAAAAUCUUUAUACUGGUCCGGAUGGGGUUAUUCGGUAUCCCAUUUCGGUUAUCACUCAAGAAAUGUCUCAUAAAGAUGAGAAACUUAAGGAAACAGAUGAAAAGAAAGAUAAUAUUUGUAAAAGAAUUAUAAUAAGUGUACAUAAUGCUCUGGAUGAAUAUUUUGUUUCUUCUACAUUGCAUGGUUUGAAAUAUGUGGGUGAUGAUUCAUUGAGUACAUUCGAAAGAUUAUAUUGGUUAGCUGCAUUUAUCGCCGGCCUUUGUUUUGCCGCGUAUUUUAUUGUGAGUAUUUACGCUAAAUUUGAAACCAGUCCAAUGGUAAUCAGUUUCAACCCCAAAUUGGUAUUUAUCAACACUAUACCUUUUCCUGCAAUAACAAUUUGCAAUGUUAACUUGGCCCUACGGUCAAAGGCAAUUGAAAUUGAAAGAAACGGAAAUGCAACACAGCGUGAAUUACUAGGUGACCUUUGUAAUUCUCAAUAUGGUCAGCAUGCGGAUGAAAUAAACGCAGCAAACGCAACUGACUGGCACACAAUUCAAGCUUUUACAGUCAACGUUAAUCAAAAAUGUGAUGAUUUAGUAAAAGUUUGCAAAUGGAAUGGAGUAAUAGUGAAGUGUAACGAUUUUAUCAAUUCAGUCCUUACAGAUGAAGGAUAUUGCUGUGCGUUUAAUCAAUUACCAUUGAACAUGACUCUACGAGGAAAUUUUAGCGACAGGGGAAGUUUCCCAAAGAAAAUUAUCAAUUGGAAUGCUGAAUAUGGUUAUGAUGACUCCGAUAAUGACACAUACCCUUUCCGGGCAACAGGUCAAGGCCAAGCUUUAGGUUUAUCACUAGUUUUGGAUGCACAAUUGGCCGAAUACCACUGCACUUCAACAAACAGUAUCGGAUUUAAAAUGUUGUUAUCCGCACCUAAUGAACGACCACGAGUUGCUGAUGUUGGAUUUUUGUUAUCACCUGGAGUGGAAGCAAGGAUUACUAUAUUGCCUGAUGUUAAGGACGCUACAGAAGGCGUGAAAAAUAUUCACAUUGACAAGAGACAAUGUUAUUUUGCCAGGGAGCGUCAUCUGAAGUUCUUUUUAGUUUAUACCGAGAAGAAUUGCAGACUUGAGUGUAUAUCAAAUUAUACAAUGGAAAGGUGUAAUUGUGUGCCGUAUUAUUUACCAAGAAAUCCGGAAAAUCCCAUUUGCGAUCGCUCAAAAGAAGAAUGCUCGAACCUAGCUAUAUCCGUAAUUGAUCGAUUUACCCCAGAAAGACUUGCGUGUCGUUGCCUGCCAUCUUGUCAUGACAUCUCAUACAAACAAGACGGAAUGUCUACUGGUUCAAUUGAAGCUAAAUAUGACACCGUUAAUCAGGAUCUGUUAGAGAAUGUAUCCACGCAAUACUUCUCUCUAAAGUAUUUCAGAGAGAAUAUGGCAGUGGCGCACUUCUACUUCGAGAUGGAUAAAUACACGAAGCAAACAAAGAGCGAGAUGUAUGGAUUUUCGGAGUUUUUAUCUAAUACUGGAGGUUUGCUAGGACUGUUUCUUGGAUUUAGUUUUCUCAGCGCAAUGGAAAUUGUUUAUUUUAUUCUGUUUCGCGGUCAGUUUCGUUAUUACCGGCGUUAUAAAGCACGCAGAUUGAAAGAAAAACGUGAAAAAGAGAAAACAUGGGCUAGUUUACCUUAUACUCAAUAGUUGCAUUCACUGUAGGCGAUUGAACAAUAAUUAAUUACUUUUUAACCGUCUUCAGCACUUAAACUUCUCAAAAUUUAUCACAGUGUGGAGAAUUUGUUCGCCUUAAGUUAUGCAACUAUGUAUACACCAAAACAUUGUGAUGCCUACAAUAAAUGUGACAUGUUAACGUUUAGAAAAGCAAUAAUAGAGAAAUAUUAACAAUAUCAGCUACGUUUUUGAAUGAAAAUAGAACGUAGAAUGUUCAUGUGAGUAUUUACUUUAGGAUAAAAUAGGAUAAACUCCAAUUAACUCGUUGUUAAAAAAAACUUCUCUAUAAAUAUUUACAUCAGUUUUAUGCCUGAACAAACUAGAAACUACAGUUAUGUAAUAUUUACAUUAAUAGAUUAAACAAAGUUCUGUUUUCCUUAAUAAACUAUUAAUAUUGA